AAAACAAGUUUCAAAUCUAAUCACAAACUAGAUAAUAUGCACAACCAUCUCCUCUCAAUUCGUGGAUCGUUAGAGAUUCUCUUCUUCCAUAAAUUCAACUUGGAGGAAAUAACAUCUUUCAAAAUUCUCUAUGCACAAAUUUUUGCUUCAGGAAGAGCGUAUCUGAAUUCCAAAAAACUUUCGAUCUUUUCGUUUGAUUUUCCGAUUUAACGAAGAGGCCUUAAAAGAAUCUUUAGCACUGCAAGAUUAUAAGCGCUCUUGAUCGAAAAAUGCCUUUUAAGAUUCAAACCCCCCAAAAAUUAUCAUCAUUUGGUUCAGGAUUCCCAAUCAAAAUAUUGAUGAUAGAAAUGACAUAUUUCUCAAUGAAAGAUAGAAAUGACAUCCAUCUCAAUGAAAUAAAAUUUUAACAUCCUUAUUUUACUGGAGAGCAAAGUUUCCCAAAGUUUCCCAAUUUUAUCAUCCAUCUCACAUAACCUUUUUCUUGAUCUUUCUGUGCAAAACCUUGUUUUUUCCCACGUGAGAAAGCAUACCAAGAUAAUUCUCUAAACUUUGUAUCUUAUUAUUGAUAUGAUGAAUCUACCGAAACUAUCUAUCAUUUCACGAAAUCAGAAAGACGACCAGAAAAGUAAGUUAUUAAAAAAAAAACUUAAGAAUUAAAACAGAUGUUUUAAAAAUAUUAAGAACUCAUAUACAACAUACAAAGUUGCUGAAAAUUAAUUAUAAGUGUGGACUGUGGAUAAGACGUGUCCAUGCUCAACCACGUUUUUGUGCUCCAAGUCGUGUUCUUAUCUGACCAGUGACCUAACUUUACAAACGGUAUUUAACGGAGUGGGGUACGGGGCAUUUGGUCCUCCUUGUUCCUUCUACAAUUCUCUCCCACCGGCAACCACAAGCAUAAGAUGCAGUCAGCGUCGCUCAGAUUUUCGAGGAAUGCGACGGUAGAGAUUCGGGCUCAGCUGCGAUGGUGGAAUGAAUGUCCAAUUCCUUAUACCUAUUAAAGAGUGAAUUUAUUGUUUUCUCUAUUGUUUUCUCUAUUGUUUUCUCAACCCUUCUUUGUGCAUAAUCAGAGACACGACGGAGUCGUCUUCGUCGUGGACUUUUGUUCUCCCGUUUUCACAUCGUCGACUCUGCGACAGCCACUUUUAGCUGACUCAGAUGUGUAGCAUAUUCUGGCCAGUUUUACUUCUUAGCUUACCUGAAUCUCAACCUGCUGUGUCUUUUAUCUGAAAUUUAUAAUCAAAAUUUUCAACCCCAAAACUCCUGAAAGUCUGGGAAUUUCAAAAUUCAUGUCAUAAUUGGGAAACUUUGUCUAGUUUGCUGAUCGGCAUGUAUUUAUGAAGUAUAUUUGACGUUGAAAAAAUUCCAGAGGGGGAGUGAAGGAAACCAGAUUGAUCUGAAAUCAAAUGUGCUCCAGGAUCUUACUGGAGAGCUAGUGAUGACGAGAACAAGUAUAGAAGUUUCCAAGAAUGAGCGCAAUGAUGUUCUGGAGGCAUUAGAUCCUGCAAUUUCUAAUUUUCUUGCUCAGCUUUCUCAGAAACUUCAAAAGUCUCUCAAGCUUAAGAAAUUGGCUAAUGACGGUGAGAAGUUAACGUCAAUGACAACGAGCCCUUUCACAAAUGGGGAAAAGAAGGGAUCUUCUACAUCCUGGGAGCUUGAUGUGGAGAAGCAACUACAGGCAUGGAGAGAGAACCCUUCAUGGACUGAUAAACCUCCACAAAUAAAGGUCAGUGUACCAAAAGAUACCCUUAGCAGACUCAAUGUAAAAGUUGAUGUCGGUUUGCCACCAGACGCUGUAUAUAAUAUUGUGACAGACCCUGAUAACAAAAGGGUCUUCAAGAAUAUAAAAGAGGUAAUAUCCAGACGAGUUUUGGUAGAUGAAGGUUCAAGGCAGGUGGUUGAGCUGGAGCAAGCAGCUUUGUGGAGAUUUCUUUGGUGGUCAGGGACCAUUUCAGUCCAUGUUCUAGUAGAUCAAAACAGAGCAGAUAACUCAAUGACGUUCAAGCAACUGAAGGCUGGAUUUAUGAAGAGAUUUGAAGGGUGUUGGAGAGUGGAGCCUCUAUUUGUUGAUGAAAGAAUGUGCUUCCCAGUAAAACCAAAAAACUUGGGAGAUUAUCAUGCUUGCACAAAGGGCAAGGGAAGAGUAGGGUCAAGGGUGAGCCUGGAACAGCUAAUUCAGCCAGCUAUUGUUCCACCACCGCCCAUCUCCUGGUAUCUACGUGGAAUUACCACGAGGACCACUGAGAUGCUCAUUCUUGAUCUGCUUGCUGAGGCUGAAAGAAUAAGGGGAGAUGUGAAAGGUGAAGUUUUGAACAACGAUGUUGAAAUUUCUCAGGGAAUGUCUGAUAGCAACUUAUUAGAUAAUGUUCUUGAUAUUAAAGAAAGAUGGGCAAUGCGUAGAAGAUAUGCGAAGCAAUUUCCUGGGGCAAGAAGGCGCCCUGCAGCCAAAUGAAUAGCCCCCUUUAGUGCAGCACAUUGUAUGUAUUACCCGCUGAUUUUUCAUUUUACUUUUUCCAGCUAUUCAUCACAAAGGAGAUUACCCGGACAUCUCUACUGUCGUCGUGAAUUUGCAUCAGUUUCUGUACUCUAAAGUCUGGAAGUAAGCCUCGGAUUCUUGGUCACGACUUUCACAGGGAUAAAGCCUUUUUGUUAGACUAGAUAACUAAAACGGUGUUAAUAUAUAUUUUUGCUAAAAUUAAUAAAUAUUAUGUAGUGGUAAAUUUAAAAAAUAACAAUGUUAAAUAAAUAUAAUAAAGUUUUGAUGAGUACUUUAUAUAUAA